UUCCGCAGACUCCAAAAAGGUCUUUGUUCUUCUCAUGGCUUGUCAUACCUUACACCACAUUCCCUUGUCCCUUGCGAGGUAGGAAGGGAUCAGGAGGAGAUGUUUCAACCUGCCACUGCCCGUGGAGUGCUGCCGAACCAAGGUUGGGUGGGCAGUCCAGAGAUCAUGGUGACUUCCCACAUGGGCUUCGACCUCCGUGCAUCACCUCCCCCCCCUCUCCUCGGCUCUCCUUGCUUUGCUGGUGGUGGUGGCGUUGCUGCUUCGCAUCCGAGGGGAAACCUCCUUCCCUUCCCUACAAAACAUGGAGAUGGCAAUCGCCCAGCUCAACUCGGAGCUUCCUCCUCGAGUAAUGUACGGCCAUGGCCUGAAGAGGAUGCAUCGAACAAGAAGGAACUAUUAGCUGGAAACAAGAAGAAGAAGAAGAAGAAAAAGAACAGUUUUGUAGGCAAUGAGAACAUGGUCAGCAAUCUAUCAAUCGGUGCUACAAGGAAGAAGAAGCUGAAGGUGAGGAAGAAGCUGAGGGAACCAAGGUUUUGUUUCAAGACAAUGAGCGAUGUGGAUGUGCUAGAUGAUGGUUACAAGUGGAGGAAGUAUGGGCAGAAGGUUGUCAAGGACACCCAACACCCAAGGAGCUACUACCGGUGUACGCAGGGCGAUUGCCGUGUGAAGAAGCGGAUCGAGCGGCUGGCGGAGGACCCGAGGAUGGUGAUCACUACGUACGAGGGCAGGCAUGCACACUCUCCCUCGCACCACGAGGAGGAGUCCCAGGCUUCUUCCAAGCUCAACCUGUUCUGGCAGUGACCGUGUACAUACAUAGCAUUGAUGCGUCGAGUGAAUGGCUAGAAACAUAUGCGCUUAUCUUUCUCGUGUGUUGGAACUCAUGAUCUGCUAUGAUGGAUACCGUGAUUCAAGUAUUUGAAGCUGAUAUAACCUUGAAAUCUCUUGAUGGGUGCUAAAA